UAAAUAAAUAUAUUUUCUAAGAUUUAAUAGAAGGGCAUAGAAUUACCUUUUAUUGAAAUUGCUUAUAAAAUAAAUGGAUCAGAUUGAUAAGAAAUUUGAAUCGCCAAGACUGCAGGUCUAAGUACCUAUACUGUAAGGGGUUCUAAGGAUUUCGAAACGUAAUACCUCAAACUGUGAGUAAAAAUAUAUUAGCUUAAUUUCAAAUGAUCAACAAUAUGAAAUCUAUCUCAGGGUCAACGAAACAUGUACCACCCGAAGGGGGGUGGGGCUGGAUGACAGUGUUAUCUGUAGUAAUAUGUAAUAUUGCCGCCGUUCCACCAAUGACAUUUUUCGGUUUUAUAUUUAAGGGCAUAUCAGAUGAAUUACAUUUACCAAUGAUGCAAAUAGCAUUAAUUAUAACAACAAAUAUUAGUUUAGGUUUAAUUUUAAAUGUGAUAAUUGUACCAAUAAUUAAAAAGAAUACAUCGUGUCGACGUAAAAUAGGAUUCGUAGGCGCAAUUAUGGUAGUUUUAAGUUAUAUUGGUGUUGCAUAUUCGCAACAACUUUUACAUGUGAUAUUAUCAUUUAGUAUAUGCAUGGCAAUCGGAGUAAAAUUUAUAACAACUGCAUCAAAUGAAACAAUGAAAUCGUAUUUUGUGAAAACUCGAAGAAAAGUAAAUAAGAUUACACUUUUAAGUACAGCAUUGGGUGCUAUAAUUAUGGCUCAAUUAAUGGCCUAUUUACUUACAGUAUUAAAUUCUAGAUUAACAAUGUUAAUUAUAAGUGGAGUAUCAUUAAGUUUAAUUUUGGCGGCAUUAUUUUUAAGCAAUGUUAAGUUUCAUUUAGUCGAGGAGAUUAUCGAUCAAGAAAUGGAAACAUUUGUUGUUCCAAAUCAUGAAAAUAAUGAUGGUAUUAAAAAUGGAAACAGCGAAAAUAAAUCCCGUGUGAAUGGAAUCCAUAAAUUGACAACUUCGAAUGAUAAAAUUGAUAAAAACGAAGUAAAAUCAUUAAUAAAUUCCAAAAAUAAAUAUAUAAUUGUGCCAUCUCGAAAUAUUAAUGGCAAAGAUAAAAAUUUCGAUAUUGCUAAUAUAAGUUUAUCACAAGAAAAUGUUGAAGAUACAAAGAAAGGAGAACCAAAACGUCGUAAUAUUUAUGUAAAACUAUUAACGAAUCCAUUAUAUGUUUGUGUUGCAAUCGGAGUUAUACUAAAUACAUUGGCUGAAAGUCUUUUUGGUGCUUUAUUACCAUUUAUGUUGUUUCAAUUUAAAUUUUCUGCAAUGGAUGUUGGUACGGGAAUAGCGUGUUUUGCAACAGCCAUGGUUGUUAUGAAAUAUGUUGCAGUCUAUUUUCGACCCAAAAAGAAUAUUCCACCAAGAAUAGUUUGUAUUUUAGCUAUUGUGUUUUUAAUUGCUGCUCGAGUAGGUAUCAGUUUGGGAUUUUUAAGCAAUUAUAGAAAUUUAUUGACAGCAGCUAUCGUUAUUGGAUCUGCAAAAGGCUUCCUUUUAGGAUAUAUUGAAGAAACGAUUACCGAAAUAAUACCUCCAGAAGAAGAAGAUCAUGCAAUGAAUAUUAUAAAUUUUACUAGCGGAAUUUUGCUAUUUAUUAUUGGUCCAGCUGCAGGCUAUUCAAGAGAUUUCACCGGAAAAUAUCAAACAGUUAUGUUGGGUAUAAACGGUUUGAACUCAGCUGUAAUUUUAUUAUGGACAAUACAACUUUUAUUAUCGGCAUGCAUUGAAUUAUGUAAAGUAACCAGAAAUUAUCAUGGAAGAAAUUCUCAAAAUAAUAAUGUAACAUCAUAAUUCAGCAAAACUGUCUAUACAGUCGCUCAAUUUUAGUGGUAUUA